GGGGAGUUUCCGGUAGGCUGGUGAUGCAGGUCAGCGACCGGAGAAUAGACUGUGAAUCUGAUUCGACAGAUUCUGGUGGUGUCAAUAUGGACAUACCCCAGUUUUAGGCCGGGAUUGCUUGGCAAACCACCCCUGCUGCCCAAAACACCCUUGCAACCAAAAGCCGAGCCAAUCUCAACCUCACCUCCAGCGCCUCCAGGAAUCCGGAAAGGACAAACCAACAGACAAACACAUUCACCUCACCAGGACGGUGUUGGUCGCAAUGCUAUGUCUCCGCUCGCCCGCAGCCAUUGUCCUGCUGUGGUAACGAUCGUCCAAAUCUCAGAAUGCCGGGUUCUCCCCGCGCCCUGACAGCCCGCUGUGUUGCGGCGGUGGAGCAGAUCGAUGCUGAGUGCAGAAAUGCCCACGACACUGUCCAAAAUGGGCAACCAUCGUCAGGACUGGCAGGCUGCGGAGACCCUCUGGUGCAGCUGCUCCAAAGACAAGCGUCCAGUAUCCUAGAGCUGUGCCGAGACGGCCGGCUGACCCUCGCCGAAUCUGGUCGAACAGGGGAUGAGGCCCCUGAGACUGGGCUGCUGCAGCAGGGGUUGGAUGACUUGCUAUCGAAAUCAUAUUCCAAGUUCUAUGACCACCUGUCUAAGGAUCUUCCUCCUUGGUUGAGGCAGCUGUACACGGAUGCAAGCAUCUUGAAGUUCUCCUUCCUUUUCCUCUCUUCGACCCUCAAGGCGUGUCUCACGGGGGGUCACAGCAGCCUCACCGCUGAUCGUAGGGGUCGGCUGGAGGACGAGCUUAGCGAAUUGGUAAAAAUCUUAGAUCUAGCCAUUAUACUAGCCGGAGCUGCCGGCCAGGUUAGGGGUAGACGGUGGAUCGACGAGACAUUUUCUCUGCUUGAAGAUGUCUCGGCCCAAAUUAUAGGGUCACCAGAAGACCCAGCAGCAGCGUGGCCCAACUCGCCCUCGUUCUCCAAACAUGAGCCCUUCACACCGCCAGUAAAGAACCCAAUCAGGCGCACCGGAGCCAUAUCCAUGGAAUCAUUCCAGGCGUACCUAGACCGCCCCGCCGACCCGGCCCGAGGCCCAGAACCCCUCGUCAUCCCCGGCCUGGCAGACGACUGGCCAGCCACGACGACACGCCCCUGGGCCAAGCCGGGCUACCUCCUCUCGCGCACCCUCGGCGGCCGACGCCUUGUGCCCGUCGAGGUCGGGCGCAGCUACGUCGACGAAGCCUGGGCCCAGAAGCUGGUGACGGUCCGCGACUUCCUGCGGGACCACAUCGGCCCUUCGUCGGCCGGUGCCAGCACGACGACGACGACAGCCUACCUCGCGCAGCACGCGCUCCUCGCGCAGCUGCCGGCUCUCCGCGCGGACAUCACCGUCCCGGACCUGUGCUACACGGCCCCGCCCCAGCCGCAGUCGCACGCGGCUGGGGAGGCCGUCCCCGAGCUCGACGAGCCGCUGCUAAAUGCCUGGUUCGGACCCCCCGGCACGAUCACACCGCUGCAUACGGACCCGUACCAUAACCUGCUCGUGCAGGUCGUCGGGCGGAAGUAUGUUAGGUUGUAUGGACCUCGCGAGACGCCGCGGAUGCGGGCUAGGGGGAGGGAGGGUGGCGUCGAUAUGGGGAAUACGAGUCUGUGGGAUGUUGGGGUUGAGGAGGGGUGGGAUCCUGGUGAGGGUGGGGAGGGGGGUGGAGGGGGAGGGGGAAAGGCGGAGUUUGGCGAGAUACCCUUUGUUGAUUGCAUACUAGAGCCGGGGGAUACGGUCUAUAUCCCUGUUGGGUGGUGGCAUUAUGUGCGAGGGCUGAGUGUGAGUUUCAGUGUUAGCUUCUGGUGGAACUAGAGCAUGCGUGCUGCACUACUACAUUCGUCGAGCAGAGUACAAAUUGUACUAGAGCUUUCAUUACUAACUUGAUUGUAUGAGGUAUACUGCGCGUUAGACUAUAUGCAAGCUG